GUAACCCCGCGCAUGCGUAGACGGACCCGAUUUAGCCGCUGUAUUUCCUGCUUGCUGUUUCCACUCGAGGCGAUGGCAGAAGUGAAAGCUUCCCUGAUUUGUGGAGUUGUAGCGGCUUUCCUAAGUUCAGCGGUGCUUGCAUUUGUUGAGGAUCUAGAUGACACAUUUAAAGACACUAGAGUGAAUGACAUCUGGCUGGUUGAUUUCUAUGCACCGUGGUGCGGUUACUGUAAAAAACUAGAGCCGGUAUGGCAUGAGGUAGGAAUUGAGCUGAAAAGCUCUGGGUCGCCGGUCCGUGUAGGAAAAAUGGAUGCCACUGCGUACGCCGGAAUGGCAUCAGAGUUCGGUGUUCGUGGUUACCCCACAAUAAAACUGUUAAAGGGCGAUCUUGCCUAUAAUUACAAGGGACCAAGGACAAAAGAUGAUAUUGUGGAGUUUGCAAACAGGGUGUCAGGACCGGCCGUUCGAGCACUUCCCAGCAAGCAGAUGUUUGAGCACAUGAUGAAACGACACGACGUGCUUUUCGUGUAUGUCGGUGGGGAGUCUCCCCUCAAAGAGAAGUACAACGAUGUAGCCUCCGAGCUCAUCGUCUAUACUUAUUUCUUCUCGGCUUCAGAGGAAGUCUUGCCGGAGUCAGUAAGUUUGCCGGAACUUCCUGCGGUUGUAGUCUUAAAGGACGGAGCCUACUUUACCUAUGAUGAGUAUGAGGAUGGUAGUUUGUCAUCGUGGGUGAACAAGGAGCGCUUUCAAGGGUACCUGCAGAUCGAUGGCUUUACGCUCUAUGAGCUCGGAGAAACAGGUAAAUUGGUGGCGAUUGCAGUCAUCGAUGACAAGGACCCCACAGAGGAGAGUGGCAGAUUAAAGAGCUUGAUUCAGAGGGUGGCGAAGGAGUACAGAGAACAUUUUAACAGAGACUUCCAGUUUGGCCACAUGGAUGGGAAUGACUACAUUAACAGCCUCAUUAUGGGCGAGGUGACGGUGCCCUCUGUUAUCAUCCUCAACACAUCCAACGAGCAGUACUUCCUGCCCAGUGAGCCAAUUGAGACCAUGGAGCAGCUGGUCCAAUUCAUCAGCAGUGUUCUGAACGGUUCUGCACAGGCAUAUGGAGGUGAUGGCAUCAUUCAGAGGAUCAAACGUGUGGCCUUUGAUGCCAGAUCCACCAUUAUGUCAGUGUUUCGCAGCUCUCCGCUGCUGGGCUGCUUCCUGUUCGGCCUACCGCUGGGUGUAAUUAGCCUGAUGUGCUAUGGCAUCUGCACGGCCGAGUCGGAUGACGGUUCGGAUGACAUAGAUGCGCUCAAGAGGGAGGGCCUCACCGACGAGGAGGAGGAAGAGGAGGAGGAGAGGCAACGCACCGCUGAGCUGGAGGGCCCCGAAGAAGGAGAGAAUGAGGAAGAGGAUGCUGGAGAGAAGGAUCCUGGGGAAAAGAAAACAGAUUAACAAAGGGGCUCCCGCCGGAUAGAGAAUGAUAGGCCUAGUCAAAUGCAGUGAAAUGAAAAUCAAAGACAUUUCAGUGUAUUACUGUUGUGCGUCUUUGUUUUUCAUCUCACUUGCCAUCAAAGCCCCUCUAGCACAGACUGUUGUCCUAUCUUUGAGUUCUGUGUGUGUCAGUGUGUAAGAUCAGCUGCUCAGUGAAGCCAUCGAAUCCUGUUUAAAACUGAAAGCCUUUUUAAUGAUGGAGCGUAAACACAUAAUAAUAUCUUUAUUUGUAAAGCACUUUCAGUUACGAAGUGCUUCGCGGAGCAAUGGAAUACCGAAAGAUCAUAAUAAACACAACGUAGGAUAGAAACAUUAAAAUGGACAUAGGAUAAAAACAUUAAGGCACAAUAAAUGUAAAGUAAAAUACAGCGAGAAAUGGCAGAAGCUAAAGGCAGACAGUAGAUUGUGAACAUAAAAAGGCCCCUAUCUGUACAGGUUUGUUUUGAGAAGGGACUUGAAGGUUGACACUGACGUGGCGAGCCAGAGUUCUUCUGGCAAGGCGUCCAAAAGUCAAGGGGCCUUGACAGCGAAUGCUCUGUCACCUCCAGUCACUAAUCUCGAUUAUGUUAAGAGGAGAAGGGAUGGCUGUGAACCAAACAUACCACUUAUUUAUUAUAAUUCAACCAACCAGUGGUCCAUUCCAUGUGAUGUGUGACCCUUUCUCUGACUUUGUUAGGUUGUUGUUUUGGAACCACUUUAAUGCCCUUAUUAUAUCUUCUUUUUAUUGUCAUAUUCCAAUUGCUUCUAUUGUUUUUUUUUUUUUUGUGUUUAAUUUUGAUUUACUAUAAUAUCCUGCAGUAGUAGAAACAGAUGAAUCUUGCCUUCGAACUGAAUAGAACAUAAAUACACGGCAUCAUUUCGUAUACCUCUACCUUUCAACCCAAAGUGUAGACUUAUCAUGUAUAGUGAUUGAUGUGUGUAGAAAGCAUAAGAAGUGCCCAAGAAGGAAAAUCUGCCAUAAAUGAAUUGUGCUUUUUCUAUUGUCUGUUACUGCCUGGAAACAUUUCUUCUUCUUUUUUUUUUAGGGGUGCAAAGUGCCGAGACAGUCAUGCAUUUCAACUUAUUUUUCAUGCCAGCCACCUGUUAGUGUCCAUUUAUGUAGACAGUUGAUGGAAAAAAAAAAAGCAGGAGUAUUUAUUCGUAUCAGUCGGUCUGAUACCAGAAUAUGGCAUGUGCACUUUUUUUUUUUUUUUACCCAUUUCCACCCAACAUGACCAACCUGCUACAAUUUCUUAGUGUAGAUGGGUCGUACCUAUAUUGCAGACUCCCAUAAUAUGCAUCAGUAGCUCCUGUGGCUCCUAACAACUCAUAUUCCUCAGGAAGACUGGCUCUGUCUGUUUCCAUAUUUCAAUCUGUCCUCGACCACUGGUUUCUAUAUUGAAUUCAGUAGGCAGGUUGAAGUUUACAUCCUGAUGCACUGAGACACACACUAAGCGUACAAAAUAUUCGGACAGUCUUCCUACCACUGAGUUUUCCUCCUUUUUUUGUUAUAAUCCACCAUAUUCAGUUAGCUAAUGGCUUAGAGACCCUUCCCUGUCCUAUUUUCAUAACCUUGUGACUAAAGUGUAUAUAAUGGCUGAAAUCAAGUGAGGGUUCUUGCUUUCUCCUGAGUUCACCUGGACGCCUAUUUCAUGAAGAAAGCGUUCCUAAUACCGGCUACACCGAGUCUUAUACCAUUUUUAUGAAAAAUGCAGAGUGGGCCCUGUUGGAUUUUGGGUCCAGUGGUGCUUCAGUGGCAGGACUCGCAAGUCAAACCACCUGAAAACAUGUUUCAUUUUUCAUUUUAUUAUCUAUUGUAUCAAAUUAAAUAUUUGUGACUAAAGAAGGAAAAAAAAAUAAAAAAUAAAGGUAACACAACACUCAAAAACUCGGUGUGAUUUUCAGAUUUGAUUUACAUUGGCAUUUCUCUUGAUUGGUGCGUGGAAAUACCUUACAUUGCCUUUUACAGCCCCGCCCACUUCAGGCCAGUGGUUAAUGACCACUACGUUUCCUCAUUUGGCUGGUGUAAUCAUGCUGGAGCCCAUGCCUCGAAGUAGGGAGGUGAUGAUUUAAUUUGAAGCUACGUUCAACAUUUUGGUAAAUGAGCUUAUCCACUUUCUUGCCGAGAAUUACACGAGAAAGGCAAUUGCACUCUCAUGUCUGCACAGCAAAUACAAAGCUAGUUUCCUCCUUAGUAUUUGUACAGGUGAAAUAAACAAGAUAAAACAUGUUAAUUGGUGAGUUUUAGAGGGAAAACCAGGCUGAGCUAAGCUACGCGGCUGCUGGCUAUAGAUUCAUAUUUACUGUGCAGACACGAGCGCGGGAUCCCAAGAAAGUGAAAAAGUACUUUCAUGAAUGUCGAACAAUUCCUUUAAAGAUGUACGGCAAUUUUGUUAUUUGCUCUGCAUUUGCUUUACACUGGUCAUUCGAACAUGCAUUAUAAUUAAUGCUCAGAGCCUAAAAGGAAGUAUAGUAAGUUUGGAAUGAAUAAAAAAGGAUUCCUCUCAAGGGAACUAUCAAUAUAUGGCGAUGAAUAAGUGUGAAAGAUCAUUCUUGACCUUGGGAACAGUAGUUUAACAGAGGAAUCUUAACUCAGGUCCACUUCUUAGCUUCUUUUCUGAGCUUUCAACUGCAUCUCGAGUAGUGACAACUGAGCGGACCUUCAGUUAAGAUAUUUUCAAAUGUUUUGGGCUGUUUAUUCUGUUACUGGGUAAAGGUAAUCCCCAUUCCGUACCCCUGUUUUAUAACCUUUUUACAAAGUGUAGCUGAGUAAUAAGAUGGCUUCAGGUUUUGUUUUUCAUUGUUACUCAUUUCAUUGUGCUUUUUCAUCUUGUGACUUGAUUGACUUAGGCACCUCAACCUAAGCACACCUGUUGUUUUUUUAAAUACGGAGGUCAUCUGUAUUAUUACUGUGAAACUGCACUAAAGGAAACCAUGCCCUCGUCUUGCCUUCUGGUCUUUGUAGUCGCCUACCAUUCUCUGCCAAACUUCCUCUUUGGGGUUGAAUUGAGAGUGUCACACUUUAUUACUGGUUUGGAAGAUUGAAAUAAAGAUUGUCCUCUUUU